AGGCGUCAUGAUACCCUGAGUGAAAAUAUGACAUAUCUUUGAUCGCCAGCUAUGACCUUUCAGUAAAGAGCAGUACCAUAAUCUGAUUAGUUUUUUGGUGUUUCGUUGAAGCGGCAUGCAGUGCCUGAUUACAUAACCGGUCAGGUGUAUCCAAGCAUCAACAUAUAUGACGAGGAAGAAUCCGAUCCCGUCUCUUUGAACUUAUCCUUCCGAGCCAAAUUACUGCCAUCUGCCGUUGAUCCUCCCCCCUACGACCAAUCUCCGAUCCGCACUCGUUGGUUGACGGCGCGUUCUUCCUUUACCCCCGCAUCAUGGCUUCGGGUGACCACACAAGCUCGAGCGUCGAGCUCUACGAAUCCGGGUUGACCAUUCGUUCAGACUCGGAGAACUAUUCGGCCAACAAUGAGUUAUCCGAGUCGACGUCAAGCUCCCCUCUGAUCCUCUACAAACCCCCUACAAUCUGGAGCAUCUUGCGAGGCGCUGCCAUCAAUCUGGUUCUUCCCUUCGUGAAUGGACUCAUGCUGGGCUUUGGUGAACUAUUUGCACAUGAAGCAGCCUUCCGCCUAGGAUGGUCUGGCACAAAGAUCUUCCCUACCUAUCGGAGACCAGCCGGGCCUGGUUUGGAGGUUCGAGAAGUUCCAUCACGGAGGAAUAACAGCUUGCGAGACACGGCGUCUUUGGAAUAAGAUAGGUGCUGGAAGCUCACUAUAAAACUCCGCGACCGCGCUCACACUGAAAAGCACAACAACAGAAACAGAAUUGUUAGCAAGAUUCCUUGGUUAUCUUUUACUACAGCAUGGGACGUAUACGUGGGAAUUAUAAAUGUACAUAGAUCCUAAGGCAUGAGUAGUACUUGUACUGUCUGACUGGAUGGCGUCUGGCGAAGCACCCCGAGUUUGGCAUGAGAGCGAUGACUUAGCUGCAGCUGUACAGUCCUCUGAUUGAGCGACAGCUAGUCUACCAUCAUCAUCAUUAUCAUUACUAUUUUGGCCGAUAUAUUGUACUAUCUAUAUAAAUAAGCCGGUAAAAGC